AUGUCAGAUUUAUGCCCAGUUUACGCUCCCUUCUUUGGAUCUAUGGGUUGCGCAGCCGCAAUUGUGUUUACCUGUUUUGGAGCCUCUUAUGGGACUGCCAAAUCCGGUGUUGGUAUUUGUGCCACAUCUGUUACCAGACCUGACUUAUUAGUGAAAAAUGUUGUUCCGGUUGUUAUGGCAGGUAUUAUUGCCAUUUACGGGUUGGUUGUUUCUGUUUUGGUGAGUGAUUCUUUGUCUCAAAAGCAGGCAUUAUAUACAGGUUUCAUCCAAUUAGGAGCCGGUUUAUCAGUUGGGUUAUCAGGUUUAGCUGCCGGUUUUGCAAUUGGUAUUGUUGGUGAUGCCGGUGUUAGGGGUACAGCUCAACAACCAAGAUUGUUCGUUGGUAUGAUUUUGAUUUUGAUUUUCGCCGAAGUGUUGGGUUUGUAUGGAUUGAUUGUGGCAUUGUUAUUGAACUCAAGAGGAUCUCAAGAUGUUACAUGUUGA